AUGAAUGAGAAAGUAAAUAAUGGAAAAAGCGUGCAGUAUCAUGACCGAACAAAACUCAAAGUCCCAUGUGAACGUAUUGCAAUUUUAGACUAUGGUGCACAAUAUGGAAAGGUGAUUGAUCGUAGAAUUCGUGAAAUGAACGUAAUGAGCGAGAUAUUACCUUUCUCGACUACUGCUGAUGAUCUCAUUUCAAGGGGAGGUUAUAAAGCUAUUGUGAUUAGUGGUGGUCCACAUUCUGUGUUUGCGGCAGAUGCUCCUCCAUAUGAUGCAUCUCUUUUUUCUUGUGGGUUGCCUAUUUUGGGAAUAUGUUACGGGUUCCAGUUGAUUAAUAAAACGUUUGGAGGUAAUGUUACGAGGGAAGCAGUUCGUGAGGAUGGACAGAUGAACAUUGAUAUCGAUAUUUCUUGUCCACUGUUUACUGAAUUAAAUACUCGGGAAACAGUAAUGCUUACUCAUGGUGAUAGUGUAUUGGAAAAUACCGUAGCAAAUGAUUUAAAUAUAAUAGCGAGAAGUGGAAAUUUAAUUUCAGGAAUAGCUCAUAAAGUUCUUCCUAUAUAUGGAUUACAGUUUCAUCCUGAAGUCGAUUUAACGAUUAAUGGAAAAAAAAUGCUGUAUAAUUUUUUGUUCAGAAUUGCAAAACUUUCUGGUGAUUUUUCAAUGGGAAGUAGGGAACAACUAUGCAUCGAUGAAAUUCAGGCGAUAGUCGGUGAUAAAAAAGUCUUGGUAUUGGUCUCUGGAGGUGUCGAUUCAACUGUUUGUGCUGCUCUUCUCCAUAAAGCAAUUGGUGCUGAUAAAAUAGUUGCUAUUCAUAUUGAUAAUGGUUUUAUGCGUUAUAACGAAAGUGAAAACGUGGUCAAGGCUUUAAAUGGACUCAAUUUGAAUGUGCACGACUAUUACUGUGGCCGAGAAUUUUUUAAUGGGAAAAUAUCAAUAAAUGGAGUGGAGUCAUUACCUCUUUCUCGAGUUUGUCAACCUGAAUUAAAAAGACGAAUUAUCGGUGAUACUUUCAUGCAGAUUAAAGACCGAAUAAUGAAAUUGGAGAAAGAUAUAUUUUUGGCGCAAGGUACAUUAAGACCUGAUCUUAUUGAAAGCGCAUCAUCGGUUGCUAGCUCGAUUGCAGCAGUUAUAAAAACUCAUCAUAAUGAUACAGCGCUGGUUCGAGAAUUGCGCAAUUUGGGAAAAGUCAUCGAACCUUUAAAAGAUUUUCAUAAAGACGAAGUGCGAGAACUAGGACUAUCUUUGGGUCUUCAGAAAGAACUCGUUCAGAGGCAUCCUUUCCCUGGUCCUGGCCUUUCAAUUCGAUUACUUUGCGCUGAACAACCUUAUGUUGAUGACAUAGAAUCGUUUCUCGUUACUCAACAUCAUUUGAAAGUUAUUGCAAAUCUGCCACAUGUUGAUGAAGAUUUAAAUAUAUUAACUAAUCAUUUGUUUGAAAUUGGAACGACACUUUUACCUAUUCAGAGUGUUGGAGUUCAAGGUGAUGAUAGGUCAUAUUCAUAUGUAGCAGCUUUGUCAACCAGUCACCGUCCUGUUCCAUGGCAAUUUCUCGAAUAUCUGGCUCAGUUGAUUCCUAGACUUUUACAUAAUAUAAACAGGUAUUUAGUUGUUUAUGUAUUCGGUGAUAUCGUGGAAUAUCCUAUCAGUGAUGUAACACGAACAUUUCUGAAUCCAUUCACAGUUUCAUUUUUGCGAUGGGCUGAUCGUUUGGUCUAUGAUGUACUAUGCGGUUUGGAUGAAAAUCAGCAUCCUGACCCAUCGCUUGAAAAUUGCGUUGAUAAAAUUCAACAAAUGCCUGUUGUUAUGAUUCCUAUUCAUUUUGAUCGCGAUCCGUGCGAAAGAAAGCAGUCGACGUUGCGUUCAUUUGUGUUGCGUCCAUUUAUUACAAGAGAUUUUAUGACUGGGGUGGCUGCCUUACCUGGUCGUGAUAUCCCUGAAAAGACAGUGAUGGAAAUGGUUAGUCGUUUGAGUCGUAUACCCCUGACUUCUCGCGUAAUGAUCGAUCUCACCUCAAAACCACCUGGAACGACGGAAUGGGAAUAA